CAACGCUUAAAGGGACAAGGAUGGCGACUUCUUCCUCUCUCGGCCUCCUUCUUUCUCUCCCCCGCUCCUAUUCCUUUUGCGGUUUUUGUCUUUCUCUUUUGCUGCCCCUCUUCUUACUAGCGCGAUGUCCCCGUCUCACCCCACUCUUCUGUUUCCUUCGCCCUGUUUCUUUCCCGCGCUCUGUUUGCUUUUGGCAGUAAGAAGAAAGAGUGGGGUGGCGGCUGAUUAUUCACCCCCUCUUAGUUUGACGGGUGUUUUCCCUAGAAGAAGCGGGCUGCGGGCGUUGGACGGGGCGAGGGGGGGACCGUUGCUCCUUCCUCCUUGUUGCCUUCCGGGCCCAUUUCUUCAGGGCUGCUUGGCUUUUCCACAUUUUAGGUUGUGAUCGUACAUACACUCCCCCCCCCCCAAGCGCCACUGAACUCAGCGGGGCAUAUUUAGCAAAGGAUAUUAUUUGAAUGUAAGAUGUCUUUAAAUUCAUCUGUGAUUUCAAAAGAAGAUCAAAUAGGCUAUCAAGGAAUAAAAAAUUUUGACUGCCUGAAAAGUCUAGAUUCACAGGCCACAUCGAUGUUGCAGGAAACCCCACUGGAAAACUUGCAUCUAACAUCUCAGGCUGUUCUUGAAAGAGCCCAGAAACAAGGGAGAUCAAAAUGUCCCAGAUGUAAUAGCUCAAGGAUGUUCUAUUGUUACACAUGCUAUGUUCCAGUUGAAACUGUUCCUACCAGAGAAAUUCCUGUAGUGAAGCUUCCCUUGAAAAUCGACAUCAUUAAGCAUCCCAAUGAAACGGAUGGCAAAAGCACAGCUGUACAUGCCAAGCUCCUGGCGUCUGAAGAUGUUACCAUUUACACAUACCCUUGUAUUCCAGACUACGAAGAAAUGAGACAUGAAAGUGCACUUAUCUUUCCUGGGCCUAAUUCGGUUUCAGUAAACGACAUUCCUCAGUGUUUGCAAAACAAAUUUAAGAAGAAUGACUGUGACAAGAACAAGGACUCAUCAGCAGAGCCAGUUCUCAAGUGUGCAAAAAUAGAGCCAGGCAGUAACAGCAACUUGGGUGAUCACAAAUUUCACAGCAUGAGCAAAAAUGCUGUGCUGAAGAAAAUUGUAUUUAUUGACAGCACCUGGAAUCAAACAAACAAAAUUAUCACAGAUGAGAGGCUCCAAGGAUUGCUACAAAUUGAACUGAAGUCAAGGAAAACCUGCUUUUGGCGCCAUCAAAAAGGAAAGCCAGAGACAUACCUGUCUACCAUUGAAGCAAUUUAUUAUUUUUUAGUAGACUAUCAUAAGGAACUCCUAAAAGAAAAAUAUGAAGGACAGUAUGACAAUCUCCUUUUCUUCUUUUCAUUUAUGUACAAAUUGAUUAAAAAUGCCAAGUGUUCAGCAGGAAAAGAGUAAGACAAGAUGCUCUUCGUGUCAAUAUUAAAAGAACAACCCAAAGUACUCAUUAUGAUCCGUUGCACCAGGUUCUUUAAAAUUAAUUAAUAACAGUUGAAUUAAAGAAAUUGUGUUGUA